CUCCUAUCUCCUGCUAUAUUAUCACUGCAUUUCUAGCAGCUUCUGAUUUCUACCGCUCACCAAUAAUAAACAAACUGUGAUACCCAGGUUGGACACUUAUCACGCUUUGAAUUAGGACCGUUGUUUCUGGGGUUUUUUUUCAGCACAGCCUGCAUCCUCAAUGCCUCAUGAUGGAUGGUGGGCUUAUAAAGAAGUCAUAGAAGGAAGUUUUAUUCCAGUUCCCUCUUUUUGGGGAUUGGUGAACUCUGCAUGGAAACUUUGUUCGGUUGGGAAAAGACAGUCGCCGGUGAACAUUGAGACCCGCCGUUUGACUUUUGACCCCUUCCUUACCCCCCUACGUAUCACAGGAGGACGAAAGAUCAGUGGUGUGAUGUAUAAUACAGGGCGUCAUGUGAUCCUGCGUGUGGAUGGCUCUAAGCGCGUGUGUGUGUCUGGUGGUCCCCUGAGUUACACGUACACACUGCAGGAGAUCAGACUGCAUUUCGGCAGCGAUGACACACACGGCUCAGAGCACCUGAUCAACGGUAAUGCCUUUCCUGGAGAGGUGCAGUUAAUCCACUAUAAUCAGGAUUUAUAUUUAAACUACAGUGAAGCAGAGAAGAGCCCGCACGGUGUCGCCAUUAUCUCUAUCUUCAUGAAGAUAUCAGAGCCCACUAAUCCAUUUCUCCUCCGGAUGCUGAGCAGAGAAAUUAUCACUAGAAUAACGUACAAACAAGAUGCAUACAAACUUGCGGGAUUGGAUCUGGAGGAACUGUAUCCUGAGACCUGGCGCUUUAUAACAUAUGAAGGCUCGCUGACGGUGCCACCAUGUCUUGAAACGGUCACGUGGAUCUUGAUGAAUAAACCUGUCUACGUCUCACAAAUUGAGCUGCAGUCUCUGCGACUCCUCAGUCAAAAUGCAGUGUCUCAGAUCUUCCUCAGUUUAAGUGAUAACUAUCGGCCGCAGCAGAGCCUAAACCAGCGCUGCAUACACACCAACAUCAAUGUCAAUACGCACACACACCAGUGUGCUAAUACACUCAGGACACACUACAGGGUCAAUGAGUGGCUACUGAAAUAACCCCUGUGAUAAACGGUGUGUGUGUCUUCUGCAAAGAGACAAAGGAGAGAUGACUGAAGACACGGCCAUAUUAUUUUACUGUGUAUUAUGAUUAAAUAAAGGCAGUUUGGGAGGGAAUGCCCUGUGUGUGUCUGAAUCACUAUUAUCUCCACUUUAUAUAAAGGGCACAAGAUAUACUCAGCCAUCAUUGUGAACUAUUAUAUAGUAUAUGUGGCUUUCUUACAACACGCCCUAUUGCACUUAAUGUAUUUGUGGUAAUAAACUAAAAUAGACAUUUAUCGUUGUGUGUAAAAGUAUUCUGUAUGGUGUUCUGGGUUGCAUCUCCCUAAUGCU